GUAAACUCCAGCUCCUCUCCCCGCUCGGCUCCCACUGCGAUUCCGCCCAAAACGCCAAAGGCUCUGCACUUUCUGCCCCCCUCCUCCUCGGAGAUCCCAUCCAUGGCGGCGGCCUCGGCGUCCCGCCUCCGGAUCUAAAACCCCCACACAGCCAUUGCGGGGUCUGUGACCGGCGCUCCGACAGCUGCACGGGUCGCGGCAGCCGACCCGGUUCGUUGCCUUGCAAGAUUUGCUUUGCCGCUGCGUGUCCUGGGUGGGUGGCGCGUAGUGGGUUCGUCCAUGGUUCCUUGAAAUGGGUGUCUGACUCGAGGUGGGUCGGCGCUACGGACUGCCUGCUGCCGCCAUGUGGAAGCAGUUCCUUGGUAAGCUCUCGGGGAAGUCGCCGAAAUCCGGCGGAGGCGGGGGCUGGGGAUCUCCGCCGCCCAAGUCCCCAAUGUCGUAUGACGUGAAUGGGAGGCAGUGGGACUCGAUGCGGGCGUCUCCUCCGCUCGCGGCUAUCGCCGGAGCGGAGGGGGAGACAAGGGAGGACGUGUUCCUCCGGAAGCUGAACGUCUGCUGCGUGUUGUUCGACUUCUCCAACGACCGGGGCCGGGACUCUCCGGAGAGGGAGAGAAAGCGGCAGGUGCUCAUGUCUCUCGUCGACUGCCUUGGCACGGCGGAGGAGCCCCUCACGGAGGCGAUGGUCUCGGCCUGUGUGCGUAUGUUUGCCAUCAACCUGUUCAGGGUCUUCCCGCCCAAGGUCCGGCCAGGCACCGGGGCAGCUGCCGAGGCUGACGAGGACGAUCCGUUCUUUGACCCCUCAUGGUACCACUUACAGGUCGUAUACGAGCUGCUCCUCCGGUUCGUCACCUCUCCUGUCGUUGAUGUGAAGGUGGCUCGCAAGUACAUGGACAAUUCCUUCAUCUCCAGGCUGCUUGAUUUGUUAGAUUCUGAUGAUCCUAGAGAAAGGGAUUGCCUGAAGACAGUAUUGCAUAGGAUAUAUGGAAAAUUCAUGGGUAAUCGGCCCUUCAUCCGCAAGGCUGUGAGUAAUAUCUUCUAUAGGUUUGUAUCCGACGCUGAUCGUCACAAUGGGAUUGCCGAACUCUUGGAGGUGUUUGGGAGUGUGAUUAGUGGGUUUGCGAAACCACUGAAGGAGGAGCAUAAGUUAUUUCUGUGGAAGGCAUUGAUUCCUCUUCAUAAACCGAAGACAGUGGGCAUGUAUCUGCCGCAGUUGACAUACUGCAUUACACAGUUUAUUGACAAGGAACCAAAGCUCUCAGGGACUGUGAUCAGAGGCCUGUUGAAGUACUGGCCAGUGACGAACAGUCAGAAGGAGAUGAUGUUCUUGGGGGAGUUGGAGGAGGUGCUGGAAUUGACAGAAAUGCCUGAAUUCCAGAAGUGCAUGGUCCCAUUGUUUCGGAGGGUUGCACACUGCUUGAAUAGCUCUCAUUUUCAGGUUGCUGAAAGAGCCUUAUUCCUGUGGAACAAUGAGCACUUGUUCGGUUUGAUCUCUCAAAACCACCAAGUUAUCUUGCCAAUCAUAUAUCCAGCUCUCGAAAGGAAUGCUCGUUUGCAUUGGAACCAAUCGGUUCUGAAUGUUACAAUGAAUGUCAGGAAAAUGUUCUUUGACAUGGAUCAGAAGCUGCUGUUGGCUUGUCAGAAAAAUUUCCAAGAGGAGGAAGAGAAGCAAGCCGCAACUGAGGAGCGGAGAAGGCUUAUAUGGGAGCACCUCGAGAAGAAUGCCGCAUUCCAUCCAGUAACCAGAGACAUCAGCUUUGCUGCUUUUCCUAAACCCGCUCCUCUGGUAGCUCCAACUAUGACAUAAUAUAUAUGUGUUCAAAUGUACUUCAUUCCACUCCAUUUAUAGCACUAUGGGUGCUGUGCAGGGCAUUUUGUCAACUUUGUCUCCCCCCCCCCCCCCCCCCCUCGUUUCAAAGUCUGUAAUUAAUAGUUUCUUAUUUGAGGACGAACCUUGAUUCUUUCAUGGUGUACUCUCAAGUGAUGGACAUUUCUUUCUUUGACAAGAUAAUGCCGUUCUAGUCGAUUGUUCUGUGAAACAACUUUGGAUAUGGGAGGUCAUGAUUUUUUACUACAGCUGGUGUCAUGUGGAUGCCAGUGUAUUUCGAAUUUUCCAGAUUCUGAUGAAUCUGUUCACCUGAUUUGAUGGACGAGCAAACAAUGAGGUAAGUCCACAGUGCUUUUCAUGCUUGAUAACUCAACUACAUUGUGUCGCUUGCUUAGUAGAAUAGGAAAUCUGAACUUCACACAGUAAGCAUUGCUACAUGUUCUGGUAUUGCACAUCUGGCCAAUUCAUGGCAAGAACAUUGCUGCAUAAUUAAGGAUGAUUUGCCUUUGACAUGAUAAAUAUCAAAGUCUUGGCUCAACAUUGAAAAGUGUCCUUAUAUUUUUAACGUCUGGAUCAAUAUUAUCAAUCAAUGUGUAAAAUCUCUUUCUUGUACCUUUAUUCCCCUUCAUUGUCAGCAGUGGUAUUACGAUUAACUGUUAUCAUGGAUGAUGUUGUCAUGAAUAAUAAUAAAGGCACUUAGUUGAUAAAAUCAAGUCUGGUCCCUGGUGCAAGUAGCAACCAUCUACCAAUGAAUGCAAGAGGGACCUAAUUUCACCUAAAUAUUCAAUGGUAAUCAAUUCCAUCCAUCUACAAGCUCAGUGCACAUUUCUCAGUCAGAUGGAUACUCAUAAGAGAUCUGAUUCAUGGCAUGACUACGGAUUUAGUCCCAUCCAAUUAGGAUUUAACCUGUCUAGUUAUCCCCAGAAAAGAUACUCUUACAGGGUUUGGUGCGAUAAGCUUGAUGGACAGUAAUAAUACUUAAUACUAAUUAUUGGCUUGAUUAGUACCGAUUCAAGGAUCUAGAAAUACAUAUACUGGUAAAAUGAAGAAUUUCCUAUGCUGCUAUUUUGUGUACAUACCUUAUUGAACAAACUGUGUUAUAUAUGAUUGUUCAUUAAACAAAAUUGUGCUAUCUCUAUUGCACUAGCAAACAACACAUCAACUGCCACAGUUACGUUUACCCUAGUCAAGUUCUUUUUGUUCCUACUGGUGCUUGAUAGUUGGACACUUGAAUCGACCUGACACAUUGCAAUCUUGAGUUGGUCUAUAAAAGGUCUCACACCCAUACAGAUAGCCACUGUCCACUCCAUAUAUUUUCCUCCUUUGUUCUGCUCAUAGUCCUUUUCUUCUCUUUUGGUGUACUUAGAUACUUGUGUAGAGAUAUACAUCAAGAUGGACAACCCUUCGAGUAAGCAGGACAUGUCCUACUAUGAUCAUGUUCAGAAGCGCCAUGAGGAGAAAGGCUGCUUAUAUGCAUGUGAUUUAAUCACAGUGGGGUGGGGUACAUUACUUCCUUGCCGGCAAAGCUUUCUUCCAAAACAUUUCCAGCACCUACCGUCAAUAAGGCCCCAGUUUGGUGAGGGACUGCCAUUCAGGGAGCCUGUUUACACUGUGCUGUUGCUUCUGCUGCUACGAGACCUGCGAGUGCUGCAUGGAGUCCUUGUGCUGCUGCGGCUAAUUUUAGCUGCACAUUUCUGCUGUUGCAUGGAGAUCUAGCAGACUGGGCUGUACUGUGGAAACCCAUAUCGUUUCGCCUCGGUGAGAUGGUGAACAGGCAUAUGUGCUUGUUCGAAUAAAAACUGUAGUUACGUCUCUGUUGUCAUGUAUGUUGUUGGUCGCCAAAAAUAAGAGUAUGCUGUUGGUGUGUGUUUGCCUUUGACGAUUGUCAUGUUUAGUGCUGUCAUGUUUAUAGGGAGAUCCUCCGAUUUGUAUUGAACUUUCAUCUAUAUCUAUACUUUUAAACA